UGGAACAGAAGCGACUGUACAAUGAAGUUAUUUAACUCAAAGGCAACAUCAGGGUCUUCUGCAGAUUUAGACCCUUAAAUCAAGCUGAAAUGGCUAAUGGAUCUACUUCUAUAGUUGAUUUUGAGUCAUCUCGAGAAAAUGAGCUUCAAAUCAUUUGCUCUGAUUCUUCAAAGAAGCAAUUUAAGUUCGACCAUGUGUUCAGGCCUGGGAGUGACCAAGAGGCUGUUUUUGCACAAACUUCACCAAUUGUGCCUUCCAUGCUGGAUGGGUACAAUGUCUGUAUAUUUGCCUAUGGACAAACUGGAACUGGAAAGACCUUUACAAUGGAAGGAACUCCAGAAAAUAGGGGAGUCAACUACAGGACUCUGGAGGAGUUGUUCCAAAUUUCAAGGGAGAGAAGCAUCAUAAUAAAUUAUGAAUUGUUUGUUAGCAUGUUCGAGGUUUACAAUGAGAAGAUAAGGGACCUUUUGGUAGAAAAAUCCAACCAGCCUCCUAAGAAGAUUCUUUAUGAGGUCAUGAGGAGAUCACGUGGAAAGCAUUGGAGGGAAGAAAAGGCUUCAAUUCUCAAUCAUGAAGACUUUUCAAGAAGUUUUCAGUUUUGA